AUGGCAUUAGUUCCAGCAUCAUGUCAAGACUUAAUACAAGUAUUACCUACUCAACAUCAUCAAAAUUUAAUUGAAGUUUAUAAUCGUAUACCUGGUAGUCUCCUGAAUUUCUUACAGAAGCAAGACGUGGUGAAAGUGAUCAGUUUCGAUGAUACUAUUUCUGUUUCUGGAAAUCUUGGACCUGAAAAAAAGAAAACUUGGGAUACAUUUCGUAUGAACUUACGGAGUUCCGUGCAACAGAAAUUAAAUCAGUACAAUGUAAAAGAAAUCAAAGCAGAAGAACUUAGUGACUAUAUAUCAAAUGAAUAUUUGAAAAAAUGUCCAAUGUGGGCUAAACCUGGUGAAAAUCUAUCAGCAAUUGUUCAACUCAAUAAAUCUUUCGUCGAUGAAUGUUCUCGAAAGAUUAACGCAUAUAUGUAUGCCCGGAUAACUGAAGAAUGUGAAAAUAAUUGGCUUAGUACUGAUUAUUAUAAAUAUUCUUAUUAUUUAUCAUUGGAGUUAAAAGGUAUAGUAAUAGACAAAACUCGUGCAUUGGAAUUUUGUGAACUUGUUUCACGAGAUGUUCAAUUGGCAAUUGAACAGAUUCAAACACAAACUCAAUUAACCUGGGGAAGUUUCGUCCGAAAUCGUUGA